UUUGCGGAGGGAUAUCUGAGGGACUACACCCUGUACUGCCGGGACUCUCUGCAGCUCAAACUCACAUUAGUGAAGGGGGCGUGCGGUACUUUAAAAUAUACGGUUACCGCAAACCGACAUUGUACAAGAAAUUCAGUGUGCGUUGGAAAUCGGGGGGCAAAUAUGUCGUGGCAGAGCUACGUGGAUAACCUGAUGUCGGAUGGCAGCUGCCAGGACUCCGCCAUUGUUGGGUACAACUCAGAUGCUAAAUACGUAUGGGCAGCGCAGGAGGGGGGAACGUUCGUAAACAUCACGCCCACAGAAAUCGACAUCCUAGUAGGAAAAGACAGAGAAAGUUUCUUCACCAACGGCAUGACCUUAGGUUCAAAGAAAUGUUCAGUUAUUCGAGACAGUCUUCUAAUCGACAAUGACUGGACAAUGGACAUAAGAACAAAGAGCCAAGGAGGAGAAGCCACAUACAACGUUGCUGUCGGAAAAGCAGCCAAAGUCUUGGUUCUUGUAAUGGGCAAAGAAGGGGUCCACGGAGGCGGCUUGAAUAAGAAGGCAUAUUCCAUGGCAAAAUACUUGAGAGAUUCAGGGUUUUAGUUUUUCUUCUCUUGGUUAAGUAGUGAAAUUAGGGGGAAAGAAACAAAAGAAAACAAGUCCACCCACGUUCCCCAAAUAAGCUGUUAAGGUUUUUUUCCCCUUGAAACAGUCACAUUUAAAGUUUUCGGACAUUUUAAUGGCAAGGAAGGGUAAUGAAUCUUGACAACAGGUUUCUUUUUUUAAGUUGGGGUAAGUGGUUUCUUUUUUUGCCCCCAUGUUUGUUGAUUUCUGUUCUUGUUUUUUUCCUUGUGUACUCCAGCGUUGGUUAUAGUCAUGGGCAAGGAAGGUACCCAUGGAGGGCAGCUCAACAAGAAAGCGUUUCACAUGGCUGAAUACCUGAGGAAAGCUGGAUAUUAAGACACCUCCCACCCCUAGCAGCUCAUUUUCCCAUCGCUCACUAAUAUAGAUAACAUUUGCUUUGUCAUCCGGUUUCUUUUGCACAUUUCCUGUUGUUCUACCCCAAAGUCAUCCUUUCUCUAUUUGUUCAUAACCCUAUCCAUUUUACCCUGUUCUGUUUUGUUCUGUUUUCUGUUCCCGGUUUGGCACUACUGUUACGACACUAGAUGUAUUUUUGACCAAGGGCUUGAGUUAAAAACUCAUUCCUCCUUUCUAGACCUACUCUGGGAAAGGUCAACCCUACGCAUAUCUUCGAGACUACCAAGUGGACCGCAGUCGGGGGUAGAUGCCUUACAUAUUUUGACGUAAAUUAAGGCUGUGCAGGAUCGACGUUCAGUCCGUGUAAUGAAACAUUGAAAAAUCUUUCCAAUAGAAUUUCCAGUAGACAAAGACAUGAAACAUAACUUCAUUGACUGGACUGUAUGUCUGUCCCGCACAGCCUCAUUGCCUAAGGUUCAUUGCUUUAACAUCUGAUGUUACAACCACCCUACAUCCCUCAUCAGAAACACUACCUGUAUAACACUACCCUUCCUCCAUUAUUUAUCAACUGAUGCAUCUUAACAAUCUUUCAUAAUUUCACUGACAACUAAAAGAUCUGGUUGGGCAGCUUCAGGAGGUUUUGCUCUCAGUUCGGCUGUCAGUUAAAGUGCAAUGAUAUGAAGCGGUAGCAUUUCCUCCCACAAGUUUUUUACUACAUCUAUCUCUCACUUAAAUCUCCAUUGACAUUCCGUCAUCGGCGUAGCUCCAGCACUUAACUUUUGCUCUAAUAUAUAUAUUUUUAUUUUCAAAACUGCCAUUAAAAAAAAAAAGAGUAUAGUUUGAAUUUUUCAUCUGACCAAUUUAUGUAGACUCUAAACACUAGGCUAGCAUCUGAUGGCAAGCUCGCCAAUAAGACUCGAGCUGUCUCGUUUUGUCAGCUUUUACUGUUAACACUUGAAUUGAUGAAUUUGUUCAUACCAUGCUAUGUCCCGAUGGAAACGCCUUCAAGUUGUCAGCUGUCUGUUAAAAUGAUCUGAAUGUCUGUCAAAAGUCCAAAUGAUAGCAUUAGUGUAUGACACUCAAAUCAUAAGAGAAAAUGUGUUUUCUGUGCCAUAACGUAAUGAGAACCUGUUGCUAUUGUUAGGAUGAAUCUAAACAACUUCCAAGUAAACAAUUCAUCGGCACUUUGUUCUGUGGGAUAUUUGUACAGAUUCCAAACCUCUGAGUUUAUUAAUUUCUUUUCUUGUACGUUUUCAUAUAUCUUGGAUACAGUCUGAUGUUUGAUUUCAUAUGCAUAGACCAAGAAAUGCCAUAAAUGAAUUUUAACACCUUGUUUACAGGUUAAAUAAAUUUAUUCCAAUCAAAA